AUGUACAAGAAACCAGGAUCUCAAGGAGCAGCUGGGGGAGUGGUUGAGAGGGAGGAGGGACCCAAAUCAUGUGAGAGUAGUUUUCUCCUUGGCCUUUUCCUACAGGUGGUUGCAGUCCUGGCAACGGUCAUGGGAACCCACACCUUCAGUUUGAGGCUCCACAAGGACAGAUCCCACUGGCCCAGCUGCUGCUCCAGCAAAGGACAGGACUUCUCUGAGGAGUGGCUGAAGUGGAACCCUGUGGUGGUGAAUUCUCCGGAGACUGCCAGCCUCAUCCGCUAUGCAGAAUCUUGCCGGGCCAGUGAGGACGGACCCCUUAACAGCAGGGCCAUUUCCCCCUGGAGAUAUGAGUUAGACAGAGACUUGGACCGGCUCCCCCAGGACCUGUACCACGCCCGCUGCCUGUGCCCACACUGUGUCAGCCUACAGACAGGCUCCCACAUGGACCCCCUGGGCAACUCCGAGCUGCUCUACCACAACCAGACCGUCUUCUAUCGGCGGCGGUGCCGCGGUGAGCAAGGUGCCCAUGAUGGCUACUGCCUGGAGAGAAGGCUCUACCGCGUCUCCUUGGCGUGUGUGUGUGUGCGGCCCCGUGUAAUGGCCUAGUGGUGCCCGCCUGAGACUAAUCCCUUGUUAGGAAAGCUGGCACCUGGAAAGCUGUGGGCAGCAUAACCCACUGCCACCGGGCUGGCUGCCCAAAUGCUCAGCCCCUCCAAAGCACCACCUCCAUGGAGCAGCAGGAUCCUGGGACAGGAUGGAGGGCUUCUGGGGAGAAACCUGCACUCUUGCACUUUGGAGAGGACAGAAAUGUAGAGUGAAGUGAAGGGGACAGCUGCUGCUUAUGGCUCCUGGAAGCUGGUGUCCUGGCACUAUCCUCUCGGAAAGGUUUUCAAAGCUCUACCUGUUUCUCCAGGCCACUGCUCUUAUCCUGCCAUCCCCAGCUGCCCCGGUACAGCACAGGCACUUUCUUGAUAUUUUCCCCUUUGCCAAUGGAGAGCCCCUUGUUUCACUUCUUUGUUGGUUGGAUCGUUCAUUCAUUCAUUCGUUCACUCAUCCAUUCAUUCAUCAAAUACUCUGUGAGCAUCUACUUUGUGCGUAUCAGUGUGUAGUUACUAGUCUUUUGACAUGGAUGAUUCUGAGGAGGAGGCUGCUAUUGAGCACGGAGAGACUUAU